AUGGAGAAAGAAUUAGUAAAUGAAAUUCAUGAUUUUUUAAAAAAUUAUGGAAAUUAUGCUGAUCAGUAUAUGUUAGAUUAUUACAUCGAUGAACAGUGGUCAUCUAUUCCUGAGGAGUGGCAGAACUUUUUUGAAAGUAAAAAAGAUAAUAUUCAAGAUGUUGCAUUAUAUCUUUUGGACUUUGAUAAUAAUAAGUUAGAUAAAGAGGCUCCUAUUACAUUAAGGAAAAUGAAAAAUGAUAUGAAACAUGUUUUUGAUAAACUUUUUACUGUUGAUUGUGGUGCUGGAAUUGGACAUCUAUCCAGAAUAUUAGCUUAUUUUUUUAAAGAUCACAUUAAUAUUGAGGUGUCUACCGUUGAAGGAAAUGAUAAAUUUGUUGAUCAGUCAAUUAAGUUAGAUCAAAUAUUUGAAAAUAAAUUGAAAUACAUGGGACAAGAGAUUCCAAAUUUUAAGAUUCAAAGAAUAUCAAAGUUAGUAUCAGAUAAAAAUAGUCUUAUUAAUGAGAAUGAUUCUAAUAAAAAUCUUAUAUUAGGAUUACAUACAUGUGGUGAUUUUGCCUCAACAUUAAUAAAACAUUUCUCCCUAAAUUCAAAUGCAACUGCUUUAGUUAAUGUUGGUUGUUGUUAUCAUAAAUUAAAUAAUGGUAAUGAUAUGGAAUAUCGUCAAAUUUAUGAUAAUAAUAUAGAUAGUAUAAAUGAAAAUUAUAAUUAUCCAAUGAGUAAUGAAAAAAAUAUUUUUCCUAAUUUAUCAUAUGCUGCUAGAGAGUUGGCAUGUCAUGGAUUGAAGCAAUUUAAAGAAAAAUUGAAUACUAAAGUUGAUCUUCUGUCAUCUUUUAAAAUUAACCUUUUUAGAGCCAAACUGGAAUACUUAAUUUUUUCAAUAACUAAUAAUAAGAAAUAUAGGCAUUUAGGACUUCGAAGUGUUUCAUAUACAGAUACUCUUUUAUUUGAAGAAUAUAUAGAAAAAGCAUUAAUAUUUCAUGAAGAGAUCAAAGAUAAAAUUAAUUUAUUUAAAAAUCAAAAUUAUGAAAAUUAUAAAAAUAUGAUAGAUAUUAAUAUUAAUGAUAUCUGGAAAAUUUUUAUUCUUUAUGUAAUACGUUUAUCAAUUGCUCCUAUGAUAGAAAUAGUAAUUUUACUAGAUAGAAUUAUAUAUUUAAAAGAACAUGGUCAUAAUUCAUAUCUUAUUGACUUAUUUGAUUCAAGUAUAUCACCUAGAUGUUAUGCAAUUGUCAGCUUAAAAUAA